AGAAAAAAAUGAGCGUGCAUGAUUCGUGACGGCGUUUGUGAAAACAUCCUGUAAUAUGUUGUGCAAGCCGUAACACAUUUUAAAAUAAAUAUCUUGCUAACCGGCAUCGAACAAAAGUAGAUUUGAUUUCAUAUUUCAUCGAGUAUUAUCGCGCUGCUACUUCAAAAUGUCGAAGUUCCUCACACGAAUAUGUUCAUUAUCCAGCAGCACAUUCCGUCAACUGGUGCGAAAUAAUCUGGCUGGUCAGAUACAGAGGCGCACAAUCAUCGAGAAGGGCCGAGAUCCGAUGAAGGGGAAGGGUCCAAUUUCUUGGAAAAGUUUUGCAUUUAUCGGCACUGCUGGACUGGGAGGACUUGCCUUUAUGUGGUACGUCAAGGACGAGAAGGAACAAGCCUUGUUGAAAGAACGAAGACGGCAGUUGGGUAAGGCAGCGAUUGGCGGAGAAUGGUCGCUAGUCGAUUCUGAAGGUGUUCCUCGCAAAUCGGCUGAUUUCAUGGGACAAUGGUUGUUGAUUUAUUUUGGAUUCACCCACUGUCCCGACAUUUGCCCGGAUGAACUGGAGAAAAUGGCAGCUGUCGUGGAUGGUUUGGCAAAAAUGGAAGAAGCGGAACCAGUUCAGCCUAUAUUCAUCACGGUUGAUCCCCAGCGCGACUCGAAGGAAAUCGUUGGAAAAUACGUGAAGGAGUUCCAUCCAAAACUUUUGGGUUUAACAGGGACAGUGGAGCAGAUCGCCAGGGUGUGCAAAGCCUUUCGGGUAUAUUUCAGUGCCGGUCCCAAAGACCAGGAUGAGGAUUACAUAGUCGAUCAUACAAUUAUCAUGUACCUAGUGGAUCCCAAUGGACAAUUCGUUGAUUAUUAUGGACAGAAUCGAGACAAGGAACAAGUGAAAAGUUCAAUCUUAAUCAAUAUGGCAAAGUUUAAACAAUUACACAAGAAGUCCUGGUUUUAAAUCAUAUGAGUUGGAAAUUUUUGUUUAAUAUACUGUAUUGCAAUAAAACCUAGUUGAGCCAAAA